CUCAAAGCUUAGUACAGCAACGUUUUGCAUAGCCUCUUAACAUAAUAUACCCAAGGACGGACAAAGCGGCGUUCUAGUCAUUUUCACUUUUAGUGGAAAGCAGCCCGAACUACUACUCCUAGCUACGGACACUCAUCGUAUUCCACUUUGUGACGAAGAGACUAGAGAUGACUCUGGCUCUGGCACGAGUCGACUGACGCUCUACCACAGCCGAUGGGUAACGAGGUGUCCCUCUCCCUUGCCGACGUCCGCGGCGGCGCCCGCACCGUUGAGGUCAGCCUGAGGGCGGGCGCCAGUUCCAACAAACGCCUGCUCUUCAAAGAAGACGCCGGGCCGUUGCCUCACGGUUGCAAAUGCACGCCGCUGGGCUUCGCACUUCUCUCCAAUGACGCGGACAUGCUGCAGGCGCUGCUAGCCGCUAAGGCAGAUCCAAACAAACCCGUUGGGCUGCCGCACAAGUACGACUUUACGCCGUUGCAGCUGGCGGCGGCGUUGGGCACGGCCGCCAGCGCAUUGGCGGUGGCGAAGCUGCUGGCAGCUGGCGCGGAUCCAAACACACGCCUGCAGCUCAAAACCGGAACCACAUGCCCGCCACCCCGACCCAGAUCAGCUUCCGUCGCCGUCGCCGCCGCCUCUGCCGCCGCCGCCAGGUCUUCAUCCUUCUCGUCUGCGAGCGGCGGGCGGGAGGGCGGCGGCGGCGGCGGCGGCAGCGGCACGGGCCCGCAGCAGCCGGAGGUGCCGGAGCUAGUGCCGGCGCGCCUGCACCGCACGCGGGUGGGCGACACGGCCCUGCAUAUCGCGGUGGACGCAGGCGGCGACGGCGGCGUGGCACUGUCGCCCUCCCGCAGAGAGCUGCUGCAGGCGCUGCUGGAGCACCCCUCCACGGACGUGAACGCGGCCAACGCCCGCCGCCGCACGCCGCUGUACAAGGCCGUCAAGCGCGGCUCCGCGGGCGCGGCAGAGCUGCUGCUGGCGCACCCGCGGGUGGAGGUGGACGCGGGCGUGCCGGCUCUGUUCGCGUCCAUCACCAUGGAGUCGCCGGCCAUGAUGCAGAGGCUGCUGGAGGCGGGGGCGGACGCCACGGGCCGUGGCGGCGACGGCAGUGACGAGGCGGGCCCGACGCCGCUGGCGGCCGUGAUGCGCCGCCGCAGCCUCUUCUUCCGGGAGCGGGCCGACAUGGUGCGGCUGCUGCGCCGCCACGGUGCCGUGGUGGAGCCGGGCAUGGUGCAGGAAGCAGCCGCUUGUAACUGGCAACGGGUCAAGGCGGCGUUGGAGGACCCGGUGACGCUGGCGGGCGCCGCGGCUGGGGCGGCGGCGGCUGGGGCGGCGGCUGGGGCGGCGGCGGGGGCUGGGGCCGGCGCAGCGGCGGCGGAUCGGCGCGAGCAGGCGCCUGCAGCAGCGCAGGUGGCGGCGGCUGGGGGGCCGCCAGCAGCAGCACCAGCAGCAGCACCAGCAGCAGCACCAGCAGCUGCACCUGGGGCCGGGGCCGGGGCCGGGGCCCGGGCCGGGGCCGGGGCCGGGGCCGGGGCCGGGGCCGGGGCCGGGGCCGGGGCCGGGGCCGGGGCCGGGGCCGGGGCCGGGGCCGGGGCCGGGGCCGGGGCCGCCGCUGCUCGCGUCGAAGGCCGCGGCCACGGCGGCGGCCGCGAGGUUGUUGCGGCCGCCGAGGCGGGGGCCGCUCAGAGCCAGCGCGUGUUGGUCAGUGUGUUCAUGCUGGUGCUGGUGCUGUUGUACAGCUACGGCGGCUCGGGAGGAGGGGGAGCAGGCAAAGGCGGGGCAGGCGGCGGCCCUGCGGGUGGUGCUGGAAGCAAGGCAGGCACCGCGCCGGUUGCUGAGGAGCCUGGCGGCGGCUGGUGGGGCGGCGGAGGCAGGCCUGUGGGGGCUGUGGGGGCUGAGCCGCCUGUGAGGGUGAUGGGGCUGGCGGGUGCAGGGCCUGUAGGGGAGGUGGGAGGCCCCGACGACACGCAGCAACCUGGUAGCAGUGAAAGACAAGGCUCGGCAGCAGCUGCAGCAGCAGCCGCGGCGCAGCAGUGUGCAGCAGGUCUGGGCGGCGCCGCGGACGGCAGUAGCAGUGGCAGUAGCUCCGAUGGCUGCAGCAGUAGCAGCAGCAGCACCCGGCCGGUGAUGGAAACUACUGCCAUUGACGGCGAGGAAACGCCAGGUGCUGCUAACGCGCCGGCUGAUGCCCUCCGCUCUCCACCGCACCAGGCUGCAGCAGAGCCCAACACCACCAACACCAACACCGGCUGGGGUCCGUUGCAGCUGCUGGCGGCCUUCGCGCUGGCGGCGGUGGACGUGGCGGCGGCGGUGCUGCUGUCCUGCACCCUGUACAUCGCCGCUCGGCCCACACUGCGCCGCCUGGCUGUGCGGUGGCUGAUGGCCGGGCGGGAGGCGGAGGCCUUUGGCCGCUGGUGGCAGAGCCAUGAGGCCUUGGAGCCGGGUGUGGCGGGCGUGGUGAUGCUGUUUGUGGGAGUGCCGGCGCUGCGGCACUGCGUCGGCAGCGGCCGGGGCACGGUGCUGGGGCUGUCGCUGGCGGCGGCGGCGGUGCUUGUGACGGAGGACUACCUGGUGAGUCGCUGGGUGCGCUUCCGCCGCCUGCCGGCAGAGCAGCUGCAGCCGCACAGGUGGCCGCAGCACCAGGAGGCGCAGCCGGGGGCGCGGGCGGCGGCGGCGGCAGGUGGAGGUGGUGCGGAGGGGACUGCUGGGGGAGGUGGGGGAGCGGCAGGCGCGGGUGGCGCCGGCACGGGCACGGGCACGGCGGCAGCGGCAGCAGCAACAGCAGAGGGGGCGGGGUCGGCAGCGGCAGGCGGCGUGGCGGAGGCUCCUGCAACGGGUGGGCUGGGCGGGCAGUGCUGCGUGUGCAUGAGCGCCAAGGCGGUGAUGGGGUUCGUGCACAAGGAGGUGAUCCACUGCUGCGUGUGCGGUGACUGCGAGGCUGAGCUGCGGCGGCUGCGUCAGAUCGGCAAGUGCGUGUACUGCCAGCGGCCGGCCAUGGCCGUGGUGCGGGUGGUGCAGACGUGAUGGGCGGCAGGAUGGGCGUGCAGCUGGUGGAUGGGGGUUGCGCGGCAGGCGGGUGGGCCGUUGGGUCGUUGGGCGGCAGGCGGUUGGGCGGUUGGGCGUGGACUGUUGGCGUCGGGCGGUCGGGGUCCGGAGUCCACGCCUUGACUGGGUGGUUGCGGCCCGCAUGUGGUCAGCAGGUAGGUGAGGAGCAAGUGGAGAUCGGCAUCAAUGAUGCGCGUGUGCGUGUGUAUGUACAGUAUGUAUGCGCCUUUGCACUCAAAGGGUCACAUGGAGUCAUGGACCUAUGUAACGUUGUUCAUUCACAUUCAGCAUUCACAGUUGGUGCGUACGUGCGUAGAACAGGAGCGAGUUUGGGUGGCUGAUUUGAGGCGAUCUGAUUGGGUGAUCACUACAAUAUGCAAGGAUACUGUUCAUAUUCAUGGUUCGUUGGGAGUGUGCGCCUGCCAUCAGCCACGCGCGGGGCCAGAAGACACGUGCAAUACUGCAAAUGCGGCUCGAAGCGGAUUGAUGCUGAUUGAUGUACCAUACACCGUGUUCAAUACGCUAUGUGCACACUGUAAGUUUCACUUGCGAGGUUUACGGUCUCGCCUAGUCACACGCGCGGAAUGGUCCUGGGCUCCCAGGGCUCCUAUCUUAAUGUC